AUGGUCUCCUCCAAAUCAUUUGGUCUAUCAGCUUUGCUGUCUCUUCUCUUAUCCCUUUCCACCAAUGCCAUCGCGACUAUCAGCCUCAAAGGUCAGACUAUCGAAUUCAAUGGCAAGACCUACUAUACCCCUCCAACAGCAGUAGCAACACUGAAGACCGCUGCUGGGAGCCAAGUGAGCAAUACCAAUGGCUUGCAACCUCUCACAGUGAUUCGGAGUGAUACGUUAAAGCUCACAAGCUCCAUCAUCGAGUCCUUGAUAGAAAAUUAUCAAUCUACAGACGAUGUCUUCAAUACUGGAUUCCUUGAAUAUAUCUACGUUGAGUACAAUGGUACCCACAAAAACCCAUCUGCCAGUGUAUCGACACCACCUUCUUGGAAAAAUAAAUUCCUUGGAUUUGCAUCUGCAUAUGAUUCCAAGGCGUCGAAGAAGCUCUCAUCAUCAAAGAGCUUGCCUGCGGGCCCUUAUUUCUUAAAUCCAUCCAGUGGAGAAGUCUUUGAGGCCUACCUGCUGUAUUCAGAUACGAUGGGCUCCUUUACCCAAGGAUUAAUUGCAGUUGGAGAUGGUGCAUACGAUGUCUUGUCAGCGAGCCUGCCGGGUUAUGCCUCGUUGACGAUCGGUGUUCCUUCGAGAUUGUAUUUCACGAAGACGGCCGAGAAGCCGUUGGCAGGUGUCCGUCUUGGAGUAAAAGAUCUUUACGAUAUCAAAGGCGUGAAAACUGGCUGUGGUAACCGUGCCUACUUCGACAUUUACCCAGAAGCCAACACCACAGGUCCUGCAAUCCAAUCCCUCAUUGAUGCAGGAGCCAUCAUCGUCGGAAAGAUGAAGACGAGUCAGUUCGCCAACGGUGAAACAGCCACAGAUGACUGGGUUGAUUACCACUCUCCCUUCAACGCGCGCGGAGACGGAUACCAAGACCCCAGCUCCUCUUCAUCCGGUCCCGGAUCCGGCAUCGGAGCAUACGAUUGGCUAGACUUAGCAAUCGGCAGUGAUACAGGAGGUUCAAUCCGAAACCCGGCACAGGUGAAUGGCUGUUUCGGUAACCGGCCUUCGUGGGAUCUAGUCUCCUUAGAUGAUGUCAUGCCCAUGUCUCCUCUCCUGGAUACUGCGGGUUUUUUGGCUAGAGAUGUAAAAGUGUGGAGGGCUGCCUCUGAGGUGAUGUACAAGGAUGCGGGCUUGAAGUCCUACACAAAGUAUCCGAAGACUAUCAAGACCAUUCAAUUCCCUACUAGCGCUUCGACGGCAGCGGAUACACUUUUACUUGAUUUUGUGGACAGUCUUUCAGCCUUUUUGGGCGGUGCUAAUGUUUCGACGUUCGAUUAUGAUGGACUGUGGGAGGCUACUAAGCCUUCAACAGUCUCUGCAGAUGAAAGUCUUGAGAGUCUGCUGAAUCUCACAUACCCUAUCCUUAUCUCGAAACAGCAGUAUUCGCUUGUUGCUGCUCCGCUGUACGAGAAAUAUGCAGCCGCAAAUGGAGGACGGAGACCAUUCAUUGAUCCAGUUCCUGUCUCCCGCUGGGCUUUUGGUCUUGAGUACCCAGAGUCGCAGCUGGAUGAGGAAAUCUUGCACAAGGACAUUUUCACUCGCUGGUGGAAUAGUACUGCCCAGGUGUUUGAUGAGGAGACCUGUGCGGAUAGCCUCAUCCUUUACGUUGGGACCGCCGCGACGCCAACUUAUCGCAAUGUUUAUCGGAGUCUGCCCGGGAUUCCCACUGGAUUUGCAUCCUCUCGUAUUGCGAACUUUGCUGGUGUCCCUGACAUGGUUGUUCCAAUUGGUCAAACACUAUACAACUCCACCAUCACCCUCAAGGAGGAAUAUUUGCCCGUGGCAGUGGACUUCAUCGCGCCUCACGGCUGCGAUCUUAUGAUUUUUAAUCUAGUAAAUGAGCUAGUAGAGGCAGGAAUUGUUAAGGAGCCCGUUGCUGGAUCGACAUUGUAUGGAGAUGGUGUGAUUUACUAUUGA